CUUUAAGUAAGUUAAAGAAUCACAUACGGAGGCACACUGAGGAAAGGCCAUACAAGUGUAAGUUCUGCGACAAAGCGUUCAGGGCAUCAAGCGAUCUAGUAAAACAUUCGAUAAUACACAAUAAGGACCAACAUCAUCACUGUCCUCAUUGUUCAUCAAGUUUCGCACGCUUAUCUAGCCUGAAGAUCCAUAUCCGCACUCACACCGGCGAAAGGCCAUACCAGUGUAAAGUCUGUGACAAAGCGUUCCAUUCGUUGAACAAUUUGGCACAACAUUCGAAAAUCCACAACAGGGACGAACACCAUCAAUGUCCUCAUUGUACUGUCACGUUUCCACGGUUAACCGUAUUAACGGAUCACAUUCGUACUCAUACCGGCGAAAAGCCGUUUGUAUGUAAAAUAUGUAACAAAGCGUUCCCUUCAUCAAACGCACUAUCGCAUCAUUUGAAAAUCCAUAAGGAUGAACAGCAUCAGUGUCCUUAUUGUUUAUCAAUGUUCGCAAAGGCAUCUGGCCUGAGGAAUCACAUUAGCACUCAUACCGGCGAAAGGGUAUUCCAGUGUAAAGUCUGUGACAAAGUGUUCACAUCAUCAAAGAAUUUGGCAGUACAUUCGAAAAUUCACAAUAAGGGCGAAAGGACAUACCAAUGUAAAAUAUGUGACAAAGCCUUCCAUUCAAAAUACACACUGUCACAACACUCGAAAAUUCAUAAUAAGGACCAACAGCAUCAGUGUCCUCAUUGUUCAGCAAUGUUCGCACAGACAUCUAGCCUAAGGAUUCAUAUCCGCACUCAUACCGGCGAAAAGCCAUACCAGUGUAAAGUAUGUGACAAAGCGUUCCAUUCGUUAAGCAAUCAUGCAAAACAUUCGAAAAUUCACAAGAAGGGUGAAACUCAUUAA